AUGAAAUUUUUAGCCAUUGCUAUUAUCGGUGCGAUCGUUUCUGCUACCAGUGUUACUGCGCAAGGGGAUCGAUGUUCGGGAAAAAGCGAGCAAGAUUGCAUCAAGGAUCCUGGUUGCCAGGAAACCUAUGGGAACCCACGAAGGUCGGAUGGUAGUGACUUCCACACUAGCAAUGCACCUCUUAUAUGGGAUUAUACCGGUUGCUACGAACCCAAGAUGAUGAACUUAGACCAUUCCUGGGGCUUCCCUGGAAUGGAAGAUCCUUUCAACGAGGGGAAACAACAGCAAGGACAACAGCAAGAAAACAAUCAAUCAUGUUCGGGAAAAAGUGAGCAAGAAUGCAAGGAUACCCUUAACUGUGAGGCAAUGUAUGGGAACCCACAAAGGUCGGAUGGUAGUAACUUCCACACUAGCAAUGCAGAUCUUAAAUGGCAGUAUACGGGUUGCUACAACCCAAACGCAGACGAUUAG